CGUCCACUUGUUGCGUUCAGGCGCUCCGGCAGAGUCGCGCUAUUUAAAGAGACAGAACACCGGCAACAACAUGGCACACGGGCUGGUCAGACGGGAGUCGGUGGAAACGGAGAUGCACGAGUCCCAGGACAAAGGGAAAACGUUCGUGUACACCAAAAAGAGGGGAUACGAUGUCACCCGAAACCCCUACCUCAACAAGGGCAUGGCCUUCUCCAUGGAGGAGCGUCUCCAGCUGGGCAUCCACGGCCUGCUGCCUCCCUGCUUCAUCAGCCAGGACGUCCAGCUGCUGCGAGUCCUCAAGAACUAUGACAUGAAGAAGGACGACCUGGACAGAUAUGUGUUCCUGAUGGGGCUCCAGGACCGCAACGAGAAAUUAUUCUACCGGCUAAUAACCUCCGACGUGGAGCGGUUUAUGCCCAUCAUUUACACCCCCAUUGUGGGCCUGGCCUGCCAGCAGUAUGGCCUCAUAUUUAGACGACCAAGGGGGCUGUUCAUCACGAUUCACGACCGUGGCCACAUUGCUUCAAUCCUCCAGAACUGGCCAGAAAAGGACAUCAAGGCUGUGUGUGUGACGGAUGGAGAGAGGAUUCUGGGGCUCGGAGACCUGGGUUGCCAUGGCAUGGGCAUCCCCGUUGGAAAGCUGGCCCUCUACACAGCCUGUGGAGGCAUGCCGCCUCAGCAGUGCCUGCCCAUCAUGCUGGACGUGGGGACGGACAAUGAGGCUCUGCUGAAGGACCCGCUCUACCUCGGGCUGAGACAUAAGCGGGUGCGAGGCCAGGCCUACGAUGACCUGCUGGAUGAAUUCAUGAAGGCUGUGUCUGACAGGUACGGGAUGGACUGUCUCAUUCAGUUCGAGGACUUUGCAAACAUCAAUGCUUUCCGUCUGCUGAGCAAGUACCGCAACAAGUACUGCACCUUCAACGAUGACAUCCAAGGCACCGCUGCCGUGGCCGUAGCUGGACUCCUGGCCGCCCUCCGCAUCACCAACAGCAAAAUGUGUGACCAUACCAUUGUGUUUCAAGGGGCGGGCGAGGCAGCGAUGGGGAUCGCUGAGUUGAUCACCAUGGCGAUGGAGAAGGAGGGGCUAACGAAGGAAGAGAGCAUAAAAAAGAUCUGGAUGGUUGAUUCCAAGGGUCUCAUUGUCAAGGGCCGGGACAGCCUGACUCAUGAGAAGGAGAGGUUUGCUCAUGAGCAUCCACAGAUGAAGAAGCUGGAGGACGUGGUCCGGGAGCUGAAGCCCACAGCCAUCAUUGGUGUGGCGGCCGUUGCCGGAGCCUUUUCUGAGCAGAUCAUCAGAGACAUGGCCUCCUUCAACGAGCAGCCCAUCGUCUUCGCACUCAGCAACCCGACCAGCAAGGCCGAAUGCACGGCCGAACAGUGCUACACGUUCACAGAGGGCCGCGGCAUCUUUGCCAGCGGGAGUCCGUUCGACGCCGUCACCCUGCCUGAUGGGAGGACGCUUCACCCCGGCCAGGGCAACAACGCCUACAUCUUCCCCGCCGUGGGCCUGGGCGCCACCGCCUGCGCCGUGCGACACAUCAGCGAGGAGAUCUUCCUGACUGCAGCAGAGGGCCUGGCUGAGCUGGUGACGGAGAAGGACCUGGCAGAGGGGCGGCUGUAUCCUCCUCUCAGCUCCAUCAGGGACGUCUCUCUCAAACUGGCCGGCAGGAUCAUGGAGUACGCCUACGAGCACAACGUGGCCACGCUUCGCCCAGAGCCGGCUGACAAGGAGGCGCACGUCCGCACGCUGGCCUUCAGCACCGACUACGACCAGUUUGCCGUGGACUCCUACUGCUGGCCGGACCACUGCAUGGCCGUGCAGUCCUGUAAACUCUAAUGAGCCCUGGAAAGCAAAGUAACUACUAACGUGCAAUAUCAGGGGACGAGGUGCUGUCGUGAUACGGAGGAGGUUGUGAGUAGAGUUUUCCCGUUCAUGUAUUACUUUGGAUGAACUGGUGACAGCUCAGGUUCAGCACUGUGUAUAGUUUUAAAAUACGGAAAUCUCGGGGAGAUCAGAGCAGCCGGGAAAAGGCUGCAAUCAUUUUACAAUAAAAUAUGUGGGGAAGGUCCUUCAUGAGUUACAUUUAAUUGUAAUUGGCAGUUACAUUGUGACUGUGUCAGAUGAAAUCUAAAAAUGUUUUGUCAAAUAAAGGUGGUUUUGAUUAAAAUGA